AAAACCACUUUAUUCCUAAUCUUCCUAAUUCAAUCUCCAUUUUGCGAUAGUGCCCCCACCCAACCUGCGAUAACGUGAACGGCUUUUCUUGUUCCUUGUUAUGAUCAACACUCAUUCUUUAAAAAACAAAACCACAGUGGGAGUGGGUCCCCUACAAACCCGCAGAUAGCAUAACAUAUUUCUAUUAUUUUCCACGUUAUUCUUAUUAUCCCUCUCUCGAUCUUCACUUCACUACCCUUUUUUCGCUCUCAUUCACUCACUCCCAUCCAACAAUAUGGCCCAAAACGGCGACACUGAGGCCCAAAGCCCAUCAACCCCCGAGGCCCGGCCCGUCGGCGGCACCGAGUUCAGCUGGUGCAAGGCUGUUCCCAUCGGCACUGGCGUAACGGUUCUGAGCCUCCUCCUCUCAAAACCGCCGCAAAUCGCUGUUGUCCAAAAUGCCCUCCACAAACUCCAAAAUUCCCACCCUAUUCUCCGCUCCAAGAUCCAUCUCGAUCCCUCCAACAACACUUUCCACUUCCUCACCCCUCCCACUCCCACCGUCCAAAUCCACCCCUUCGAUCUCGCAUCAACGGCUCACAUCAUCCAAUGCCAAUCCGACGGCCACGAUCCCUUCCACGUGCUCCUCGAGCACGAGAUGAACCAGGAGGACACGUGGCGCGAUUACGCUGCCGACGUCGACGUACUCCACGCCGCCGUGUAUAGCAUCAGCCACGACCGCUUCGCCGUGUUCCUCCGCCUCCACACCGCUUCUUGCGACCGCGCCGCCGCCGUGGCGCUGCUCAACGAGCUCCUCCGCUUCGUCGCCGGCGGCGACGAGGCGAGCGGGGAGAAGGUAAAUUCUCCGAUCGAGGAUCUGAUUCCUGAGGGGAAGACGAACAAGCCGUUCUGGGCGCGUGGACUGGACGUGCUCGGGUACACGCUCAACGCGUUCAGGUUCGCGAAUUUGAGUUUCGUCGACGCUGGCUCGCCCCGGAGUUCGAGGAUAAUAAGGUUGCAACUGAACGUAGCUGAAACCGAGAACUUAUUAGCUGGAUGCAAAUCAAGAGGGAUCAAACUUUGUGGGGCACUUGCUGCAGCUGGAAUGAUUGCUGCAUGGACCUCUAGAUGCCUUCCUGAUUAUCAAAGAGAAAAGUAUGCUGUAGUAACACUUGUUGAUUGCCGCUCACUUCUUGAUCCAGUCCUUCCCAGCAACCAUGCUGGAUUUUACCAUUCUGCCGUCCUGAACACACAUGACGUGUGUGGGGAAACAGAAACCUUAUGGGAGUUGGCAAAGAAAAGCUACACAGCCUUUGUAAAUGCUAUGAACUGCAACAAGCAUUUCACAGACAUGUCUGACCUGAACUACCUCAUGUGCAAGGCUAUUGAGAACCCCGGUUUGACGCCAUCGUCAUCACUUAGGACAGCCUUGAUCUCUGUGUUUGAAGAUCCUGUCUUCGACGACUCGGCCGAAAUGCAUGGAGAGAUUGGAUUGGAAGACUAUGUAGGUUGUGCUUCUGCUCAUGGUGUUGGUCCAUCCAUUGCCGUAUUCGACACCAUACGGAAUGGAAAGUUGGAUUGUGCUUGUAUAUAUCCAUCACCCCUUCAUUCAAGAGAGCAGAUUCAAGGACUAGUUGAUCAUAUGAAGAGAAUACUUGUGGAAGGUUGUAACAGUGAAAAUCAACAAAUUGAACCAUAAUCCGCUUCUGAGGCUGGGCAAUUGGUUAUAAUUUCAUAAUCAAAUUCAUAAACUUCGUUGCCUCUUCAAUUUCAGUCUGUGACUCUGUGAUUCUCCUUGCUCUGUUGAAUUUCCCAGGGCCAGGUAUUUUAAUAUGAAGGUAGAAAUAAAUAUAUUGCAUGCAAUUUACAAUGAAGGAUUCAAAGCAUCUGCAAAAGUUGCCAUUACAUUAAAAAAAUGCAGAGAUUCAUUUUUCUACUGUCAUAUGGCCUCAAGAAAUGCAAGGUUUAUUGAUUUAUUUCAGUCUCAAACUUCGACCAUAUUUAUGACCGAGUUAAGAAGGAUGCUACUCACGCAUUUGCACUAA